AUGUUCCCAAGAAUAAAUGAUCUUCAAAAUGAACCUCUUCACGUUAUGUUACCUAUUGAAGGAUAUCAAGAUAUAUCUUUAGUAUCAUUAGACGCAGCAAUUGAACCAGUUAUUCAUCUAUUUGAUCAAGAUAGUCUAUUAGCGAGGUUAUGGGUAGUGAAAGAACGAUGUAAAAAACCCGCUGAUGGUUUAUCACCAGAUGAAUCUGGUUCGAUUAUGCUUUACACUUUUGAAUGGUUUCCUGUUAACGAAAGUCUCUAUUUUAUUCUAAAUAAAACACUACGUAUGGAAGAUCGUGAGUUAUUAAGACCAUGGUUUCCUUAUUUGAGAUUAUUUAUUGGCGCACUUAUAAAACUUCCUUCAAUCAAUGAUGUUAUUUAUCGUGGUAUUAAAAAAGAUUUGAGGAAUCAGUAUCCACUCGACACUGAUCAGAUUUGGUGGGGAUUUAGUUCAUGUUCAGAUUCUUUGAAUGUUCUGGAAUCCGAUCAAUUUUGUGGUAGGGUGGGCCCUCGAACAAUGUUUCAUAUUAGAUGUCUCAAUGGUCGAUGCAUUAAAAAUCAUACUUAUUUUCCUACUGAGAGGGAAAUUUUAUUGUUACCAGGACGAUAUUUACGAGUACGUACUUGUUACAAUGCUGAAGAUGGAUUAUGUAUCAUACGACUUGAUGAAACUGAACCUCCACACAAGCUUCUAAAACUUCCUGGCGAUAAUUCUUGGCGACGUAUAGAACCUGGGAUUUCGCUUCUUGGCAAAUGUGUGAAUUCUGAUUGUAAAGCUUACAAUAACGAAGUGAUUAUUCCUCUAGGUUUCAGAAAAUUUGAUGUUCUGGUGGAGAGUGAUUCAUCUAAUGCCAAAUGUCCAAUAUGUGCAAAGUAUGUUGAUCCUGUAAAAUUGGGUUUUAACAAAUGUCAAUGGAAGACAAGUGGUAUUAAGCAAGCUAAACAGACAGAAGCACCAGUUCCCUUUUCAGAAAAUUGGUCAGAUACGCAUGAUAACUCGCUACUUGAAUAUCAUUUAAAAGAUAUUAGAUGGAGACAAUUGAUAGUCGAAGCAAGACCGACAAAUUCUAAUUGA